UUUAUUAUCUAUGACAACUGUCAAUCCGUUAUCCGGAGCGUUUGUACUAUAGACUUUAAAGUUUACAGUAAUCAGUAUAGUGCUAACUGUUGACGAUUAGGAUUUAGGAUGUUGUUGUCAGGAUGAUUUAAUAGUUUAUGGAAAUUACAAUUAAUUUAAUUUAUCGACAAAUUGGCUAAAUGUUUAAACUGUGAAUAAGUUGCUGAAAAUGAACUCUAACGAGUAUAAACUAUACCAUGAAUCGCUGAUGAAAAAUAACAAUGGUUCAAAUGCAGUCCAUACGUUUUUUUGCAUUUUCUUUACAGUGCAGUGUACUUUAUUGUGUACAAUUCAAGAAAAGAAACGGUUGCCUUUGCAAUAUCUAUAUGAAUAUAUUGUAAUAGUACUUCCUUUAAUUUUAGCACAUACUCUGCUGGCAGAAUAUAUUUAUCAUCUUAACAUUAUCAUAAUGAUAAUGUUACUUUACAAUGUUGUAAACUUAAACAUUCCUAAAAUGUUAGAACUUUUGAAUGAUUCAAAUAAAAUAUGUAGGAAAAGGUUACAUACUAUAACAUCUUUGAGAGGGCUAACAUAUUUAAUAACUGCUGUAGCUAUAUUAGCAGUAGAUUUCAAGCAUUUCCCUCGCUAUUUGGCAAAAACUGAAAUGUAUGGCUACAGUUUGAUGGAUACCGGUGUUGGUUUAUUUGUUUUAAUGAGUGGCCUGGUACAUAGAGAUUUUAAAAAUGAUAAUUUAUUAAAAAUUGGUAAAAAUAAUUUUAAAUUUAUUUCAAUACUCUUAAUGCUUGGUAUUGGGAGAUUUAUCUCAAUAAAACAAAUGGAUUACCAUGAGCAUGUGACGGAGUAUGGUGUUCAUUGGAACUUCUUUUUUACUCUAGCCUUUUGUAAACUUAUCUCAACAAUAUUCCUUCUAGCAUCAAAUAAAUCUUUGUUAUUGAGUAUUAUUACAAUUUUUAUUCAUGAAAUGUUAUUGUAUAAUGGCUUAGAAGAAUGGGUAUUCAGUGGUUCCCUUCGUUUAACACUUAUAGAUGCUAAUCGUGAAGGUAUUUCAUCUAACCUAGGUUAUGUCUGUUUAUAUUUAUUUGCAGUUCAUGUAAAAAAGUUGUUACUCGAAGAAACUAAAAGCACUUUAAAAAAAUUGGUCAGCUAUGCCAUAGCCUCAGUUUUUCUAGCAUAUUUUGUUAAUUUAUUCAGACCAACAUCCAGAACCUUAGCUAAUGCAGGUUACAUUUUAUUUUUAAUAUCUGUAUUUUUAGUCAUUCUAUCCAUUCUGUUAUUUUUUGAAUUAUGUCUUGAAAAUAAAGUUUUCCAGACACCACUUAUUGUGUCAGCUAUAAAUGACAAUGGGUUAAUUUACUUUCUAAUAUGCAAUAUAUCCACAGGGCUAGUAAAUUUAAUGUUUCAAACAUUAUUGUUGUCAGCUGGCAACACUUUUGUUAUAUUAAAUAUUUAUAUGGUAUCUACAUUGUUUGUUACAGUUUUAUUAAAUAAAUCAGACAUUAAAAUAUAAAACGCUAUUAUUCACUUAUGUUUUAUUUAAAAAAUUUAAUCAGAAAUGUCUUAUGUUAAGUAUAAAGAUGAUGUAAAGUAGAACACAGUUUCACUGGAUAAUUGUGACGCAAACAAUUACUCAUCUGGAUAAAAAAAAAGUCAAAUAAGCUUGCUAGCUUGUCAUCAAUAAAGACAUUACACUAUAAACUAUAUGCAAAUUGGUCCUGUACUCUAGAUUGAAAACAU